CAUCAGCUUUGACAGCAGGGAGUGCUUCACAGAUACGUCCAUUUUCAAGAGCGAUUUUGGUGUAAAGUCGGUUGGUAAUGUAAUUAUUAGUGAUAUGUUUUGCGAUACUACACUAACAGGGUAUCGUUACAAACGAACGAUGCUUGCACACCAAAACGAUGCAGUUCAACGCGUUUAUUUAAAGACUGCCAUCGGAUGUUAAUGAAUAAGUUUAGUCCUGUUUGAACAUGAAGGUUGCUGUGCUAGGUGCGACUGGUCAAACUGGGCAGCAGCUGGUGAAUCAAGCUCUUCAGCAAGGACACACUGUCACAGCUAUAGUCAGAAACCCUGGAAAACUGACUGUAACACACGAAAACCUCAAGGUGGUUGAAGGAGACAUUUUCUCAGAAGACAGCCUGAAACCGCACUUCAAAGGUCAGGAUGCUGUGAUGUCCUGUCUUGGCUUUCCAGUCUCAUUUUUUUAUGGAGUCACUGGCUACACCCAGUCUAUGACGGCAGCAGUAAAUGCAAUGCGUGAUGUCAAAGUUAAUCGAAUCAUCACCAUGACAUCUUGGUACACUGACCCUAAUACAGGCACCAAUUCUUCCUUUCUAAUCCGCUUCAUGUUGCUUCCGAUGAUCAGAAGUGUUCUAAACAACAUGUAUGAAAUGGAAAAUUUUCUUAAGCAGACUGAAGACAUUAACUGGACUGUUGUCAGGCCCCCUGGUCUCAAGAAUACACCAGAAACAGCCAAUGAGUUCAUAACUCACGAAGGUUAUUAUGUCCCGGAUGAAAAUGGUCUUCCAAUUGGACAGUCUGUUUCAAGAGGAAAUGUGGCUCGUUUCAUGCUCUCUCUACUGAACAACAAUGCUUGGAUGAAGAAAGCUGUUGCUAUCAUCACCAAAUGAAUUUGCACUACACUUAUAUCAUCACUUUAAUCAGCUGCUCUGGCUUUAUGUCACAAACAUCUAAAAGUCAAAGACUUUCAGACUAGCAAAUAAUUUUUUCUUAUAUAGUAAAUAUUUGCCUUAUUUACCACUUGUUUGCAUAAUAUAGAAUAUGUACAGUAUAUACCAUGCAUUUAACUAACAAGAUUUUAAUUUUGCCGUAUUUAAAAUGAUCACAUAUAGCUAAUCAGAUUUCAAGUAAAUGAAGUGAAUGGAGGCUAUACACAGAACAUACUGUAGAAUAUUUGCUCUUGUCUACAUACAGGUUUUAAUAUGUAAAUUAAUAGUAAUUUUGAUGUUUGAAUCUUAAUUCAAAAUUGCUGUCCAAAUAUUUAAACUAUCUACAGAAUAUGGAUUUUUGUGAUUUGUGUGAUAUUUAUGAGUUUGACGGAAUAAUAAUAAUACACUGUAAAACAGUUAAAAGAUGGGCAAGGAGGAGGCGAGAACCGGCUUGUCAAUAUAAAUAAUAAUUUAAUGAAAACUCAAAAACACAUAAACAAACACACAUGACGGACAUGCCCGUAAUUCUCUCUCUCUCGAACAAUCGUCACCGGCCGCCUUUAUCCCUCGCGCGCCUCAUCAGGCCGAUUGGGGACCGGGCGCACGAUAUUCCGACCCGGCCCCGCCCCCCUCCGCUUCACAUACACAUUUUUAAUUCUGACAUAAUUACUAAUGGCAAAAGAUCUACUGAGGAGGUCUUCUGUAGUUCCUAUAACUAGCCAGUAGAUAGUGCCUUGUUUUGCCUUUUGAGGUACAUACACCAAACAUUUUUCAGCAACAACACCAGGAUAUAGUCCAAUAAAUUCCAUUCCUGCUUCUACAUCUUGGUGGAACUUUGAUGAGAUAUAAUUUUUUUAAAGAAAGAGAACUUCCUUUUAGUUAAAGUUGUGCAUUAUCCCUCUAACCUGACAAAUAAAUAC